AUGAGUAACCACAGCGUUGUCAGGGAAUUUGUGCUCCUGGGAUUUUCUCAUCUCCAUGAGUUCCAGGUUCUCCUGUUUGCUCUCAUCCUGUUCAUAUACGUGCUGACAGUGCUGGGCAACCUGGCCAUCAUCACCCUCACCUGUCUGGACUCCCGCCUGCACUCACCCAUGUACUUCUUCCUCUGCAACUUCUCCUUCAUGGAGAUGCUGGUCACCUCCACGGUGGUGCCUAGGAUGCUGGCAGACCUGCUGUCCACUCACAAGACCAUGUCCCUGGCUGAAUGCCUGACCCAGUCUUUCUUCUACUUCUCCCUGGGCUCUACCACCUUCCUCAUCCUCACAGUCAUGGCCUUUGAUCGCUACGUGGCCAUCUGCCACCCUUUGCACUACCCCACCAUCAUGAGAGGUCCUGUUUGUGUGGAGCUGGUGAUGGCUUGCUGGGUGGUGGGGUUCCUCUCCAUCAUCUCCCCAACUCUACAGAAAAUGAGGCUCCAGUUCUGCGGCUCUAAAGUCAUUGACCACUACUUCUGUGACUCUGCCCCACUCCUCAAGCUCUCCUGCUCCGACACCCACCACAUCGAGCGCUUGGAUUUCUUCCUGUCCUUGCUCUUUGUGUUGGCCACCAUGCUGCUCAUCCUUGUGUCCUAUGUCCUCAUCGUGGCUGCGGUGCUGCGCAUCCCCUCCUCCUCUGGGCGCCACAAGGCCUUCUCCACCUGCGCCUCCCACCUCACUGUGGUGGUUCUGGGCUACGGCAGUGCCAUCUUCAUCUACGUGAGGCCAGGCAAGGGCCACUCCACACACCUCAACAAGGUGGUGGCCCUGAUGACUGCAGUGGUGACCCCUUUCUUCAACCCCUUCAUCUUCACCUUCCGGAAUGAGAAGGUCAAAGAGGUCAUUCAGGAUAUGACCAAAAGGAUCCUCGUCGGAGACCCAGCAGCCCGCAGGUGA